AUGCCUCGCGAAAAGCAAAAGAGAGGUCGUCGCGCGGAGGAGAAAUCCAAGAAGGAAGUUUCGAAACGAAAGCGCGACGAUGCGCCCGAAGACUUCGCGCCGAAGCGUCUGAAAUCCGGCGACGAAGUCGAAGAUGCGCCCAUGCAAGAAGCACCAGAUUACAUUCCCCUAGACGAAAACUACGAUAACGAGCAACAACCCAAUAAUGACAUGCCAUUUUAUGGUCUUCUCGAUACGCAGGAGCAGGAAUAUUUCUCGCAGGCGAACGAAAUAUUGGAAUUGAACCAGUUCCAGGAUGCGGAAGAGCGGAGGUUAUUCGUUGAGAGUGUCUAUAGAGAGGCCAAGGGGAAAGAGUUGAAGCUGGCAUGCAGUCAAUCUUGCUCGCGUCUCGUGGAGAAAUUGAUUUCUAGUUCCGAUAUCCGUCAGGUCCGGAGACUCUUUGAUAAGUUCAACGGCCAUUUCCUGCAUCUCGUCCAGCACCGAUUCGCGAGUCACUGUUGCGAGACGCUAUUCGUUCACGCGGCACCCGGUGUGACGCAGAAAACCAGCAAGCCAAAGAAGAACAAGGAGGCUGAUGAAAUGGAGGAGGAUGAGGAGGACGAACCACAGCGGACGCUGGCUGAGAUGUUCAUGGGUGUUGUCGAAGAGUUGGAGGGAAACUGGGGCUACCUGUUGACGGAACGUUUCGCAUCGCAUACUAUCAGAGUACUCCUGCUUGUCCUGGCAGGCGAGCCCGUCGAUGUCGCAUCGAAUGACUCGGUUGUCGCAAGUCGGAAGAAAGAAAAACACGGUAUACCAACAGCUGAGACGCAGGAUGAUAGUACCAUUGCGCAGAAGCGGAACGUUCCCGAAUCAUUCGAGGAGACAUUGAAGAAGAUCAUGAAAGACAUGGUGUCUGUGCUUGAUGAUACAUAUCUUCGCGCAUUGGCCACCCAUCCAGUUGGGAAUCCUAUUCUUCAGGUUUUGGUGUAUCUGGAACUAUCGCAUUUCGGCAAGUCGAAUGCCAAGGAGAUCAACUCGAUAACAAGGAGAUUGAUCCCAGAUGAGAACCUCAACGAAGGAUCGGAAAGCGCUUCGUUCAUUAAGGGCCUGCUCUAUGAUCCCGUUGGCUCUCGUUUGCUCGAGACCAUUGUACGGUAUAUGCCGGGAAAGCUUUAUAAAAUUCUCUACAAGAACAUCAUUCGCGAGCGCAUUGGCUCUCUUGCGCGAAACAUGACUGCCGGAUACGUUGUGCUCCGGGCUUUGGAACGGCUUGGAAAGGAUGAUCUCCAACAAGCCAUGGAAUCGAUCAUCCCUGAAAUGCCUGGACUCAUCGAACGCUCCCGACUGGUUGUCCCCAAAAUGUUGAUUGAGCGUUGUCUGGUGCGUGGAGUCAACACUGAACCACUGGCACGUGCAUUAGAGAAUUCGUACGACAAGGACCCGGCUACCCGGCUGAAACAGAUGCUCAAACUCGAAAGCACGGCGCAGGAAAAUGGAGAAGAAUCAGAGGAGCAACAGCAACAGCAGGGUCCCACUCAAACCUCUGCUGCUGAAAAGUUACAUGGCUCCUUGCUUGCGCAGGCAAUGCUGACCGUUCCCGGUCCUCUCAGCCAAUUGGUCUUCUCCAGUCUGAACUCGCUAUCGCCGGAAUUGCUCCUUCAGAUCGCAAAAGACCCUACAGCCUCUCGAGUCCUACAACAGGCGCUUACACAGUCAACAUCCACUCGUCAAUUCCGACGACCAUUCACCACCCGCUUUUACGGGCAUAUGGAAGAACUCGCUCUGCACAGCAGCGGAUCGCACGUAAUCGACACAUUGUGGCAAGGCACGAAGGACCUGUUCUUCGUGAAGGAGCGCCUGGCGCAAGAACUGUCACAGCACGAAAUGGCUCUUCGUGAUUCUUUCGUUGGCCGAGCUGUCUGGCGCAAUUGGUCCAUGGACCUCUACAAACGACGACGAGGCGAAUGGGCAGCUAAGGCAAAGGGACGGGACCAACAGUCUGAAGGCAACGGAACUGGCCAAGGAGAACGGCCCAAGUCUAAAAUCGAAUUGGCACGGGCUCGAUUUGCGGCUAAGGCUGAUGACGAGGCCAAGAAGAAAGAAGGUGGUCAAAAGCCGGUUGCUACGAAGUCGUAG